AGCAACAAUGGCGGCCCCCGGGAAGGAAUGCAUGAGUGAAAUGUUGGCCGAUAAAAAGGGGAAAAAGAAAAAAGAUCAAGUAGAUGAACCAGAACUACUUACGGUCCCAGACGGCUGGAAAGAACCUCCAUUCAGUAGAGAGGACAACCCGCGCGGUCUGUUGGAGGAAAGUAGUUUCGCCACUCUCUUUCCAAAAUACCGCGAGGCUUACCUGAAAGAAUGUUGGCCGCUAGUGCAGAAAUCUCUCGGGAAUAUCUUUAUCAACGCCAUACUGGACUUGAUUGAAGGCAGCAUCACAGUUAGUACAACUAAGAAGACCUUUGACCCUUAUGCCAUCCUGAGAGCCAGAGACCUGAUCAAGCUCUUGGCUAGAAGUGUGCCAUUUGAGCAGGCUGUGAGGAUUUUGCAAGAUGACAUAGCAUGUGAUAUUAUAAAGAUUGGCACUCUGGUGCGAAAUAGAGAGCGCUUUGUGAAACGCAGGCAGAGACUGAUUGGACCUAAGGGCUCUACACUGAAGGCCCUCGAGUUACUCACCAGCUGCUAUAUUAUGGUUCAGGGCAACACCGUAUCUGCACUGGGUCCCUACAGUGGUCUGAAGGAGGUUCGGAAAGUGGUGCUUGACACAAUGAAAAACAUACACCCCAUUUACAACAUCAAGAUGUUAAUGAUAAAGCGGGAGUUGGCUAGUGACCCAGACCUGCGCAGUCAGAACUGGGAGAGAUUCCUGCCCACCUUCCGGCACAAAGGCCUAAAACGCAAGCAGCCUAAGAACAAGAAGAGCAAAAAGGAAUACACACCUUUCCCCCCACCACAGCCAGACAGCAAGGUUGACCAAGAGCUUGCCAGUGGAGAAUUCUUUCUGCAGGAGAGGGAGAAGCGGCGGAGAAAAAUAAAUGAAAUCAAGGUGAAGCAGGCUGAAGCGCUGAGCAGAAAACAAGAAGAGAGGAAGAAAGCCUUCAUUCCUCCCAAGGAAAAGCCAGCCAUUAUGAAAACCAGAAAGGUUCAAGAGAACAAACUUGAUAUCAGCAUAAUUAAAGAGAAAGUAAAGAAGGCAAAGUGUAAGAAGCUCGGAGCCCCUCCACCAAGCUCUGCAGUGCUACUUGGGAAGAACAAUAAAAAUUAACACUACUCCAGUAUCCAGAUGGUUUUGUUUGUGGAAUUGUAUAUAUUAAUGAUCUGUUUGAUCAAUGAUCUGUUUGUGUUCUUGUAUUGGUUUACACUCGUUUAUGCAGUGUUUGUCUACAUCAAAAUACAGUGCUUUUGAAAUGAAUUGGGGCAGGAAAUUUAAACUAGAUUUUGCUGUGUAGUCAAAGAUCACCAAGGCUGUAGAGAAGUAGGGAUUUCCCCCAUUUAUUUUUCUGGUUGUGUUCAGGCACUGGAUGUGCAGCAGUUUGUCAAACUACUGGCAGUUGUCUGUCCCUUUUGAGAAGUUGGUAGAGGACAAGCAGAUGUGGAAUAUUCUGUACUAAAUUCAUAAAUGCCAUAUCUAUCCAAUCAUAAACCCACAGUGAGACUCUCGCCUAAGUACAGGUUCUGCCAGACUGAGGAUGGCAUUAAUGCUGUGCAGCCUGCAAGGCAGACUUAAACCUAACCUAGUUCUGGGGUUAGGUGAGUGAUUGACAGCAUCAACUCUAGAGCCUAACGUCUAUAAAAUUACAGGGAAGGGAGAGAGUAGGAACAAGAGCUCAAAUGUACGCACACUGCUGUAAAUAAAAAUAGCUGUGUCGCUACUGUC